AUGCCGCUCCAACUAGAUGAGGAUGCCUGGCAUAAGAUUCUGUGGGGCUCUGUCUACGUUGUGGGAAUCAUUGGAUCACUAUGGGUCUAUGGUAUACAGCAGGAGCGUAUCAUGUCGGUUCCGUAUGGGGACGACAUGUUCAAGACCUCUGUGUUUCUCGUCUUCUGUAACCGAUUCUGUGCCAUAUGGUUUGCCUUUGCCAUGACGAAGAUCCGUGGGGAGGAGUGGCAGCUAAAGGCCCCUCUGGUCUCAUACUUGAUUGUGUCUUUAUCCAAUGUCUUUGCAUCCACGUGCCAGUACGAAGCUUUGAAGUAUGUGUCAUUCCCCGUUCAGAUGCUUGGGAAAAGCUUCAAGAUGAUGCCUGUCAUGCUGUGGGGCAUGGUCAUCUCGUCCAAGGCAUACACAGUCAAGGAGUGGGCUGUCGCCUUCUUCGUGACGUGGGGUGUGACGCAGUUCUUGCUGACUGGACCUAUUGCAACUGAAUCGGGUGAGAAUGAUGACCACACAAGCAACAGUGUCAAAGGCCUUUUGCUCCUGGUGCUUUUCCUUGCGCUGGAUGGCAUCACUUCACCAAUGCAAGAGAAGCUUUUCAAGGAAUAUCAGCUCUCCAAGUACAACCAGCUGUUGUGGGUGAACACCUUCUCAGCCAUCGUGUCAAUGACCACACUCUUGACUAGCGGCGGGUUGUCGGAUGCCCUCGGCUUCAUCCGCAUGCACCCGCCCUUGCUUGGGGAUGCGAUGACCCUCAGCGUGUCACAGGUUGCAAGCCAAUGGUUCAUUUACUCGCAGAUCAAGGACUUCGGCGCCUUGGUCUUCGCUGCCACGAUGAAUGUUCGACAGCUGGUGUCAAUCAUUACUUCCUAUAUCAAGUACGGCCACUUCAUAACCGGCCUGCAAGUGCUUGCGCUUGGUUUCGUCUUUGCGGCGUUGUUCUACAAGAGUUAUGAUGGCCUCACGUCUGAGACUCCAGACAAGAAGGCUGAGAAGGCUCCUCUUGUACCCAAGGAAGGCAUACAGAACGACGCGGACGAGGCCUCCAAGGACUCAAAGCUGUCCGCUUGA